GGAUAGCUAUCAGCUUGCCCUUGAGCUUGAGAAAGCAUGGAAAGAAAGCAUUAAGAGCAAAAAACCCAUGAACAUAACAGCUUCCCUAGAACAAUAUGAGAAAGAAAGAAGACUUCGUGUGGCCGUAAUAUAUGGAUUGGCAAGAAUGGCUGCUAAUAUGGCUUCUACUUACAGGCCUUAUUUGGGUGUAGGGCUGGGACCCUUUUCGUUUUUGACAAAGUUUAAAAUACCACAUCCUGGGAGAAUUGGUGGCAGGCUUGUCAUCAACUAUGUGAUGCCUUUAAUGUUGAGCUGGGUCCUAGGUGGCAACAGGGCGGAUGAGGAUCAUGAAUAUGCACUUACUGAGACUUAUAAGUUUCGUCUUGGAAAGUCUUUAUCACAGGCCGAAAAUUAUGUUCUCCAGAUUAGUAUUAAAGACGGGGAAGGUGUAAGCUAG